AUGUCUGAUAUUCAGUAUGCACCUCUGACUUCUGGCGUAAUUCGAUCUUUAACGGACAAAGUUUAUGAGCGAAGGAAAGCAGCAGCGCUUGAUGUUGAAAAGUUCUAAAAUUUACUCUGCCCUUCUAUCUUUCAUUUUAAGACAGGUUCGAGAUUUAUUUCAAAGCAAUCAAAUCUCCCAAUUGGAUCGGCUGCUAAGUGUUCUCACGGAUCUAAUUAUGAGUGCGAACCCUAAUCAGAAGAAAGGUGGGCUCAUUGGAAUGGCUGCAUCGGCCAUUGCACUCGGUCAAAAGGUGAUUGAGAAAAAAACAGAUCGUUCUGACAAAAUUUUAGAAUGCUGGAUCAUACUCGAAAAAGCUCAUAGAACCCGUCUUGACGUGUUUCAAUGAUCCCGAUAUCCAGAUACGAUACUAUGCUUGCGAGGUUAUAAUGAAUUCAAAAUUUUGGAACAAAAUCUGUCGUUGCAGUCUCUGUAUAACAUCUGCAAAAUCUGUAGAUUUCACGCCCUUGAUAAUUUCGGCGAGAUUUUCGACGUAUUGUGGCGGGUUGGUGAUUUUUCUUUGUGUGUUGCUAGAGAUGAUUUGUUGAGGUGACCGCGGAUACAGAUCAAAACGUCCGAGGUGGCGCAGAGUUGCUAGACAGGCUUCUGAUGGUACGGCAAUAUCUUUAACUCUCAGUUCAUCGGUCUUCAGGACAUAGUCCUUGCUAAAGAGGAUUUCGAUGUCGCCGAACUGAUGACGCUCGUGAGAGACCGGAUUUAUACACAAACCACCUCCAACCGUAGAUUCAUUAUCACCUGGGUUUUGAGUUCCUUGUCAUCCGACUAUGUAAUUUUGCGCUUUAGCUGAACACAAUCCAAUCACGGCCAUGCUUCUCACUACUACCGUAUAUUUCGGAGGUGAAUUUCGAGGAGUUUAGUUGUUCAUCGUGUUAUCAAAGGUGUGCGAUGGACUCCUCAAAAUGCUGUCCGACAGCGCUCCUGCGGUACGAGACGCCACAGAACACGUGCUGGGUCAGCUCUUAGCUGCAGUCCAAAAAGCUCCCGACACUGUGCCAGAGGUUUUUUCUUUUCUUUCAUUAUAGUUUUGAAGUUUUUAGUUUUAGAAGGUUUCAGGUUUUAAAUUUUUUAGGAUGAUCGAGUUCAAAUCGUGAACGUGCUCGUGGUUCACACCCACGAAGACGAAACGCUUUUGGCGAGAAAGUUGUCUUUGAUUUGGCAAGAAGAGUUUCUCAAGUUUGGCUUCUGAUCUCCGCCGUAGAAGUCACUGAUUUCCACAGGUUGUACAAGCAAGAACUGUUGCCUCUGCUGUCUAAUUUCCUCGUAGGCCUUCUGCCGGCCAUCGACCAAGUGGAACUCAAAGGUUUUGUUCCCCUUUCCGGCUCACUGGAUGUGUUUCCUUUGCAGCAGAAGACGUGAACUCGGCUUUAGUACGACUCGUCGCGAGUAACAAACUCGAACAGAAAACUCUUGACGUCACAAUUGGUUUCUCUGACCUGUAAUGGCAAUAAUGACAAGUAUUUUGAAGAGGUUCUGCUGCAGCAUAUUCGCCACGAGAAAGUUGGAACUCGGGUCGCCGUUCUCAACUGGAUCCGAUGUCUCCACAACACUCAUGCAGCUCAGGUAUCGUCAGUUUGAAAUAAACGCAUCAGAAUUGAAGUUUAUUGUAAAAAAUUCUUAUAACUUUCGAACUCAUAGGAAAGAGCGAUAUCGCCUGCGGCCCGGUGCGAUACCGUCAGUUAUUUUGUGUGAUUGAAAAUUCAGCGUUGUUAAUUUGGAUAUAUACACUUAUUUUUUUUAAAGUUGAAAACUGAAUAGAAGUUUCACUUGCCAAGAUCGACUUUCUCUAUUUUUUUGGAAUGUACUUCUUUCUGCUAUCUUGAUUUAAAAAAAAACUUACUCGAAAAUAUAAAAUGAUUGUCUUAUUGUCGGACUUCAUUUCAGAUAUUCGUCCACAUGCAUAGAAUCUUCCCCCUACUUUUGAAAACGCUGUCUGACACUUCAGACGAUGUAAGUUUGCUCUAGAUAUCUGAAGUGACCGCCCGUUUUCAUUCAGGUUUUGCUGCUGGAUCUGCUGUUGAUUUCGAACAUCUGCCAGUCGGACUUUGCUCACGACCAAGUCGACUUGACUUCUCUCGGUCUCGACGAAAAAACGCUCAAAGAGGUUGUCUCUUUCUGAUAGACUCCUUCUAACAACCUUCUCAGCUCUCCGGGAUUUCGCCUUUCCUCGUUAAAUUUUCCUUGAGUCUCUUGGACAUGUUCUACGCAGACCCCGCCCUACUUACUGACCGUGGAGUAUUGAUUAUUCGGUUUGUCUCGUCUUGAGGUUUUCAUUCCGAUACCAUUGAAAGUUGAAGACAACUUUGUCUUCUUCUGGAGCCAUCCUUGGUUUAUCGCGCAUUGUGUGUUCUUCUGACGCCCGAGAAAAAGUUUUCUUUCAUUCAGGUGCGCUCAAAAAAAGUUUGAAAAAAGGAGAAAAGGCUGCUUUCAGCAAAUGGUUUCUACUUUACACGGAGUUCUUCUGACCGCCACCGAACUUUUCGUCUUACGAGAUGAACUGCGAAGUCUGGAGAAACCAGUUGGUUUUAAACAAUUUUAAAUGUUUACAAGGAUGCUACUUUUACUUUGCUAACUGAAAUUUCCUGAUAAUUUAUUUAAAUACUUGCUAAUUCCCUAGAUAGAUUUUCUUCAAAACUUCUUGGUCUUCAAAAACGGAAGCGAAGCCAAAAAAAAGGAUAUGUUAAUUUUCCAACCUAUCAAAGAGAGAGUUUGACAAAAUUUCGAGUAAUUCUGAAAUUGCCAAGUUUUUUGACUAUAAGAAGUUUUCUUCAUUCAUUUUUCGAACAAGUGAAAACAUAGGCAAAGUCGGAAAGGGUCGAAAAAGCUCCAUAGAAAUGUUUCUUAUAGGGUGACAAAGGCUUUUUUUUCUGCCAUUUCAUCGGCUCUUAAGCACCAUAUUUGCUGCCUUUCCCUUCUCUACCAUUUCUUGAGACUUUGAAAUCCCAGAAAAAUUGGAAGGCUCGAUGAAGGGACUCUUCUUGCUGCUUUUCUGCAGCUUUUUUUUGAGCCUCUCCCUUUUAGCGACCAUUCCGACUUUGCCCGAGAAGUUUUCCUGAUCAAAUGAUUGUUUUGAGGAAGCUCGUUCUCUGUUUGAAUGUUUGUUUCGCGUCUGGUGCCAUCGACCCAUCGCUUUGUUGGGACUCUGCCUGCUCUCACAACACUAUGCCCAGGCAGCCGAAAUCGCACUGUUCCUUUCACAGGUUUUAUUCGAAUUCAUUCUCUCGAAUCUGUAUUAUGAAUUUUUCUGCAGGUGGACAUCACCGUUGAUGUGUUGGUUGAGAUCGACAAACUGGUGAAUUUGAUCGAAAGUCCCGUCCUCGCGUGUAAGUUCUUCAUGUGCUUUUCGAUUCAAUUAAAAAACCGCGAUGUUAUUUUGGAAGUUGAACAGUGAGAUUGAAGAUGUGCGGAUGGACCUACUGUCUUCUGUACACCGUCCGCCGCUGUGCACGGUGCUGUCGGCGCUUCUGAUGCUUCUGCCGCAGUCCGAGGCCUUUCUGACCCUUCACCGACGCCUUCAAGCCAUACCUUCUCUUGUGUCUCUGGGGUUCAACGUCAGCUCGUUUCUUCAAAGACUUUCUUGUUAAGAGAUCCGAAGAAGGACAAGAAAGAAGAAAAGGUGAACUUUGCUCCGUUGCUCGAACACCUCCAGACAGUUCUGGCCCUCCGUCAACGAGAGAUACGCGCUCGACAUCGCGACCUUCUAACGGAGGUCGUCGAACAAAUGCGCAGUAGCCGCAUUUAG